CACCAAAUCAAUAUGGAGACCAUCGAAAAAUUUUGAAUCUAAAACCCAACACAUUAUGGAGAUUUACAACAUACUGGUACAUAUUUCCUCUAUAGAGAUACCUUAAUAACAAAGGUCAGAUCAAGAGAGAUGUAAGAUGUCUGAUAUGUCAGGAACUGUAUUCUGGGUGGUGCUGGGAGUAGCCCUCUUCUUGGGCAGCUUUGGAGCAGUAGGAGGAAUAUGCCUGGCAUUGUACAUUGUCUCUUUCAUCGUUGGGGGUGCCAGUAUAAUAUACUACUAUGGGAAGAGCAGAUCUGAAACAACACUAAUGAAUAAACCAAGUAGAGUUCCAAAGACUAAAGUAGGCCCAGGAAAAAUUAUCGAUGAUGUGACCCAUAUACAGCGGCAUUACAGAACGGACAAACGUAUGACAGGGGCAAGUGCAAUAGAUGAAGUAUUACAAGAGAUUUUAGAUUUCACAUAUCGGGACUAUAUUCAUAUAUGGUAUAAAAAAAUCAGCGAUGAUGGGAAGUUCCGGUAUGACAUGCGACUCACUUUACAAAAAGUCGUUAUAGCAUUUUCUGAAAGAUGUAAAGAGGUUGACUGGGUGCCAUAUUGUACAACAAAUUUAGUAGAUGACUUUGCAUCACAUUUACGUUUAUUCCGACGAGCGCAAGAAAAAGUGCGAAAGGAAGCUAAAAAAGAUGAGAGUAAAGUCCCACCUGAUUUGACAUCAGUAUUCUUUGAUCUUGAGGUAGAGAUGGAAAACAACUUAUGUAGAGAUACUAUUUGUACUGACCCAUUCAAAGAAAGAGAAUAUCUCCAAGAACUAAGUGAUGUUUUGCUGUAUUUACUUCUGCCUCCUGAGGACUUCCACAACAAACCUUUCAAACACAUAGUGCGUGAAUGUCUAGUCAAUGGUGUGUUCCUUCCCGUCAUUAACCUCAUGUCUGAUCCAGACUACAUCAACCAGCUUAUUAUCUGGAUGUGUCUGGAUACCCCUAUUAAUAAUGAUACAUUUGUGCUAGCGAUAAAACUCUCAGACAGUUUAGAUGAACUCCAAGCUGUCCGAGAAAAGCUUGACAUGGAUAUCGCCAGAUGGCGCUCAAAGGACACAGGAGGCGAGGAUGAUACAUUCGUCAAGCAACAGCUUAGCAGUCUUGUAUUUGUAAAAAGUCAAUGUGAAUUGAGAAUUGCGAGACUCCAGGCGGGCCUGGGGUACGAUGAUGGUACAGCUAAUGGGGGCCUAGAUGUACAAAAACUAUUAACCCCAGGUCAGAAGCUCUACUCCUUACCCUUUGAUGUGAUAUUGAAUAACAAUGUAGCCCUGUCCUACUUUAUAGAAUUCAUGACAGGCCUAGGUUUCCAGAAUUAUUUAUUUUUCUAUUUAAAUGUUGAGGGAUUCAGAGUGUCUGCAGAACAGCAGAUUAAUGCAGCGCAACUGCAAAAAUUGGCGGACUCUUCCAGUCCCGGCCCCGAUCUAGAGAUGAUUAGUGCUGCCGCCUAUAGUAUUUAUGAACAAUAUUUAUCAGAAAAGGCUUCACCGCGGGUUCGGGUUGAGGAGAGUUCAUUAAAGAGGACUUUACAAGCCAUACAAAAAGAGAAUAUAACUGAAGAAAUAUUUGACCCUAUACAGGCACAGGUUUACCACCUGUUGCAAGAGAAUAAAUUCUAUGGUGCUUUCAAGAAAAGCUCUAGUUACAUUAAACUGUUAGCUGAGCUGGAUUUGUUACGGGACGUCCCAUCUGACGAUGAGAGCUCAAUACCUGAUGACGAGACCAUGUCUUCCCCAUCUAGUUCCAACCAUGCCUCUACAGAGGAUCUCUCUAAUAACUGUGAGAGCUGGAGCGAUUUAAUUGUCACUGCAAAGAUAUCUCAAACAGGUAUUGUAAAGGAGCAGGGUAGAGCUUAUGCAGUCUAUGCUAUAACAGUCACCAAAACACACAGAGAUGGUCUUGAGGAUGUGGUCGAUGUAUAUAGAAGAUACAGCGAUUUUCACGACCUUCAUAUGACCAUUAAAGAAAAAUAUGAGGCAUUGGGCACAUUGAGUCUCCCAAGUAAGAAAGCCUUCAACAAUAUGAAUAAGGACUUUUUAGAGAAAAGGCGAAUAGCAUUAGAUAAUUAUUUACAAACCCUUCAAGACCCUGGGGUGCAGGCCAAUUACCCUGGUUUACAAGAAUUGCUCUACCCAUUCUUACAACCUGGGCCAUGGGAAAAAGGCAAAAGCGAGAUGGCAAGAAAGACAAAUGAUUGGAUGCUCGGUAACAUGGAAGAUUUUAUGAUGGACACAUUUGUGAACCCGCUGAAGACAUCUGUAAAGACAGUUGGCAAUGCUGUCAAGUCUGUGCCUGAUAAUCUGGUAGAUGGUGUAGCAAAGGUAUCUGGGGGAAUCAAGGGUAUCCCAGGAAAUAUGGUGGAUGGGAUAUCUAAAGUUUUCAAUAUUAAAAAUAACAUUAAGGCUGAGAUGCUGGACAGUGGUAAAGUAGGUGCAGUCUUGGAUGUUGAGGAAGAAGACAACAUCCCAAUGAGGAUCAUGUUAUUGUUGAUGGACGAAGUGUUUGACUUGAAGAACAUGAACCAAUGGCUUCAGAAGAGAAUCAUAGCCAUCCUGAGGCAAAUCAUCAAAGCUGCAUUUGGAGACAUGAUUAACAAAAAAAUUGUGGACCAUGUAGAAUGGGUCACCUCUGCUGAACAGUGUGCUGAAAAUCUGAAAACAUUUAGGGACUCCUUCUGGCCCUGUGGUUGCCUGGCUGAACCAAGAACAGAGAGGGACCAGAACACACAAAGGAGAACACGGGUGGUUUGUAGAGCCAAACUCUUGGCCAGCUUAUCAGAUGACUUGAGACAUUUAAUUGGGACAGAAACAACACGUAGGGGUGUCAUCCGUAUCUUCCAUCUAUUCCAGCAACGUACCCUUAACAAAAGACUAGUAUAUGUCCUUCUUGAGGGCAUGUUAGAAACAUUAUUCACUGAAAACAAAUUCCAGGAGAUAUUCCUGAAAGUGCAUUCUAAGUCACCAAGGGUGAAACCCCACUUAGAAAGACGCUCGAAUACAUCUAAAGGAACACAGAACAGGCGAAAAAAGCGGUGACGUGAGUUUGUGUGAUUGCGAUUAGAAUUUUGUCAUUGGGGCCAUGUUGUAGCAAUGGCUAAGUCACUGCCAUACAGCUGUAGAUAAAUCAGAUUUAGCUGUACCUUAAUUUGUAGCUCAUCAACAGAUAGCUGUAGCUCAUCAAAAUUAUAGAUGGAGCUCAUCAACAAAAGCAAAAUAGCUGCAUCUAAGCAACAAUACCUGUAGCUCAUCAAAAUUACUUGUAGCUCAU